AUGUCGACUACGUGGUUUGAUCGUUUACCAGCGGAAAUUAUUUUCCAAAUAUUUCGUUACUUGUCAACGAAUGAUAUUGUUUACACAUUCACUCAUGUCAAUGAACGGUUCUAUCGUCUCCUGAUCGCAAAUUCGCAGGAUUAUCUCAAAAUCUGCUUACCGAAACAUAAUUUUCAAGAAUGGGCUGCGAUUUGCUCAGAUAUCGGUUCACAUGUCGACUCACUAAUAAUCGAUACAUCUGAGAUUCCGUUUUCACUAUCAUACUUUUCCAAUUUGAAGCGUCUAUCCAUAUCAUGCACAUUAUCGAAUGAUCAAUGGAAGUUAAUUAUUGAUAGUCAACAGUUCAAUCAACUUAAAUCAUUCAAACUAAUCAAACCGCGAUUCAUUGACUACGAUAAUGAGCGUGAUAUGAAAAUAAAUCAUAUCUGCAUGCUUUCACAAUUCUGGAAUGGUGACAACUCAUUGGAGGCUAUUGACUAUUCACCAGUUAUCAUUCAGUUUCCGUUAUUGAUUAGACAUCGAUUUCGAACGAAUGAAAGUUUACAUUCCUUAAGAAUAGCACUAAACGUUUUUACUGAUAUAUUCACAUUAUUACCAUUUACACCGAAUUUAGCCUACUUAAAUCUUCAAACAUAUCCACCGAUCCAAUUUAAGACGAAUGCGGAAGAGUUGAAACUGAAAUUAAAAGAAUUUCAUCUAAAAUUCUACAAUGAAUCAGGUCGAAUGAUUUAUUUCGAUCGUCUCCUUGAUGUGAUAAACCAAAUAUCAUCGACAUUAGUUUGUUUAUCGUUAAAUUUAAGUGAAUCAUUUCUUGACUGUGGAACUGACUCCGUACCAUUCGAUCAUCUGAAAUUAAAGCAAUAUAUGGAAACAAUGAAUAAAUUGAGCGAAUUCCAUAUGUACGCUAAGUUACAACCUAACCAAACAAAACAAAACCAACGAAUCCUUCUUGAUUUGAAAAAACAACAAAUGUUGUCGGACCGAAAUGUAUUCUUUGGAGUACAUAAUAAUUAUUUCUAUACAUUACCAUUCUAUUUUGAUUAUCUUCAUGAGAUUGAUUCGAAUUUUCAUGAAAAUCUACAAAAUCCUGGCGAAUCAUGGCACAAUGUACGAUACGUUCAUUUAAAUUUUACAUUGCACUACGAUGAGCAUAUUAUAAGCGUCUUAAAGUCUAAAAUGCCGAAAUUAAUGGCGAUUUUGUGGCGAAAGGAGUACCAAUCAAAUCGGCCUUAUGACGAGAUGAGAAAUAUGAUGGCCAAUUAUAUUCGAAUCUUUCAUUCUAAUCACCAAGAUUUUUCGAGUGACUCGAAGAAAGAUUGGUAUGCGUUCAGAUUGAAUACUCCUUUACACUUGUAUCUACAAAAUGAAGAGGUGUCUCUUGCUAUUAAGAAAGUAAUGACACAGGGCAAUUGUGUCACACAUAAUGGGCUUGUGAGGUUAAGCAAAAUCAAUCGGUUUCAUCUGUCAUAUUUUUCUCAUGUGGACUUUUCCGUGGAUAGACAUGGCGCAUCGCUAGAGUGGUAUGCGGAUAUCCUUACGAAGAUAGUGCAAACUUUUCAACAUCUAGAAACGAUAAAAGUAUUCGUGGAUGAUCAAUCGAGCGCUAAUGAGCUGAUUGAAAAUUUGCAUAUGAAUCAUGGAAGUUUUCGAAACUUUGUGCUUAAGCGCUACUCAGAAUCUUUUUUAUUGAAGAAAAUAAAUUAA